AGUGGCUUUUUGGCUUCGUGGUUUGAUUAGGUGCCAAACUGAAGCCCGAACGCAACCCGCGAACAGCCGCCUGCUAGAUUAAGGAGCAAGAUGAGCGGCCGGCGAAGCACCAAAACCGAUACGCCUGGAAGCCAAACUUCCGGCAAAAAGAUCAACGAGAUGGAAGUAAGCGGAAAGUUUAAGCCGUACUCGGAGAUCACCGGAGUCUGCCAUCGCUGCAGAGAACAGAUCUACUGGAAGCGCCGGUACGGAAAAUACAAGCCCUCAUCGAGCCUGCCAAAUGCCAGCAAUGCUCCAAGCGUAAUGUUCGUCAGGCUUAUCACAAUCUAUGUUCCGGCUGUGCUAAGGAGCAAAAUGUAUGUGCAAAGCGUUGUUGUCGUGUGGAUCAAAUAAUUAGAAAGGGACUCUGCUGAAAGAGAGGCUGAGCAAAAAAUGCUUGAGGAGGCAAUCAAGAAUGCUUGAGAGAGGGACAGAAGAACCUUGUUACGAGCUGUAAGUUUCACAAACCACAGAUAAUUCUCUUCUAGUAUGCCCAACCCAGCCCCAUUUUUUCUUUUCUUUUUUUUAGUUUGAUAGAAUGGUCAUUCUUACUUUGUAAUUGCUACUUCAGUACAAUUUAAAUUUCCUUAAAAAACCUAAUAUAAAUAGAGCAAAAACUU